CUAGCAGCGGUGCAUCAUGGGAUACAAAAUGUCUCCGAAGAGCGCCGGCUAAUGCUAAUUUACGAGAGAUAACUGCGAAUAAAAAUACAUUUAGUCAUUUUUUCAGCGGUUGAAGUGUCUAGAUAUAUCUGAUAUAUUAACUACGUUUCACCGUCGCCAUGUCAACGAAAGCGGAAUGCAGAGUGUCCAGCUCCAGCGACAAAACAGAAAAAAGGAGGAGAUCAAGGAGCACAGGACAAGAAAAAAGCAAGCGUAAACGCAGCCGCAGUAGAUCUUCCUCAUCGUCCUCUUCUAGUUCAUCCUCCUCAUCUUCAUCCUCAUCGUCCUCUUCUUCAUCGGGUUCAUCACGCUCAUCCAGCCGCAGUCGGAGUAGCUCUAGCAGUAGCGACUCCCGCAGUAAGUCCAGAAAGCAGUCGAAGAAAAGGAAAAAGGAGAAACAACACAAAAAAAAAGGGAAGAAAGAGAAGCGACACAAACGCAAAAAAGAGAAGAAAUCAAAAGGAGAAGAAAACACAGGACCUGUACAGAUCUCCAAGUACUUGAAGGACAAGAAAAAGGGCAAGUACAGCAUGAUUUCAGGGAAGAAGAUAAAGAUGAAAGUAAAGAAGUCGAAGAAAGACAAACAGCGGGAUAAAAAUCGAGCAGAGCUUCUCGAGUUCUUGAACUCUACCCUGUGAUGCCACUGUUGACGGCAGUGGUGGAGCCCGGGCUUGGACAGCAGAACUCAGGAAACAACAACUCCGGCCUACCGGGUGAACAACAGUGAAGAGUUUUCUGAGAAAGAGACGAUGAUUACGACUUGAAUCGACACACAGGGGCAGCACCAAGCCCGACAGAGUGAAGGAGCUGUAGCUCUUGUAGGGAAGUGAGAUGCGUUCAGACCACUACCUUAAUUGUCAUCAUGCUACUGUUUAGGUGGCCAAUUCUUCAGCUUGGUCUUAUAGAUUUUGUAAUAUGAGAAGUGUUUAUGUUGAGCAACGUAAUCGACCAUUUUUAAUCAACUACGGUUACAUCUACACUAAAGGCCAGAACACACUAGGGCCGCUACUACUUUUACUGAAAGAUCUGUACUUCUUCCUCCUUUGCAUUAGCUUAAAAUCAAGUGUGGAGAGCUCGUAAUUAAACUUCAUUUCUCACCCGUAGAGCCAAUCGCUAGUAUCUUUUUGGCCAUUGUCUUUAUAAUGACGGGAUUGUGGGUUGUUAAGCUUGGGAGAUGUCGCGACAUCAGCAACGAGGCUCUCCUCGUCCAGUCUUUGUCACAAAAAAAACACAGCAACAGCUGCAGUACUCUUUAUACAUCCUUGGUGAGGAGAGGAGUCGAGCAGCUAUCGGAGCAGGG